AUGACAAGCGUUAGCCGUCGACCAAUACAGCGACUACUGGUUGCGAAUCGCGGCGAAAUAGCAACUCGUAUACUGUCCUCAGCUCGCGAGCUGGGCAUCGAGACUUUCGCAGUUUAUACGGAAAACGACAUUGGUCACACCUACAACGCUGGUCAGGUCAUAAAACUAAGAAGUCCUGCAUCAUAUCUCGAUGUGGACGAGCUACUCGAGAUCGUCAAGCAGCACGGUAUAGACGCAGUUCAUCCUGGCUAUGGCUUCCUGUCUGAAUCUGCUGAGCUGGCUCGGCGCAUGGCAGAAGCCAAUGUCAUGGUAGUCGGACCAGGAUCGAACAACCUACAACGAACAGGAGACAAGUUAGAGGCUCGAUUACUUGCGGUCGAGUGCGAUGUUCCGGUAUUGCCAGCUUUAACACAGCCCACGGGUCGUGUUGAUGCUGUGCGGCUAUUUGCUGAGAAGACUGGUCUUCCGGUAAUGGUGAAGGCUGUUGAUGGGGGCGGAGGUCGUGGUAUAAGAUUGAUUCGUAACGUUGAAGAGCUACCAAGUCUAGUCUCGCGAGCAAUCGAGGAGAGUCCAUCGAGAUGCGUGUUUGCGGAGAAGGCAGCUGUGGAUGGCUUCAGGCAUGUAGAAGUGCAGAUCGUGGGCGAUGGGACAGGCGAUAUCGUACACCUUUGGGAGCGAGAGUGCAGUAUCCAACGUCGAUAUCAGAAGAUCGUCGAGCUGGCACCGAGCACGGCCUCCAAUAGGUCUGUGGUUAAGCCUGUCAUCGAGGCAGCAGUAAGAAUGGCAAAGAAGAUCAAGUAUGCAUCGCUUGGAACGUUCGAAUUCCUACUGAACAUGGACUCUGGAGAUUUCUACUUCCUCGAGAUUAAUCCUCGAUUGCAGGUGGAACAUACCAUAACCGAGUCCCUCUGUGGUUUUGAUAUAGUAAAGGCUCAACUAAGGCUGGUUCAGGGAUCGUCGCUCGAGGAGGGUGGGCUGAUGAGGCAUGGCCAAGACCCAUCGAACCCACCUAGUGGUCACUCGAUACAGUUGCGAAUUACUGCUGAGGACCCGGAGAAGAAUUACUCCUUGUCAGUUGGCAAAAUCCAGUCCUUCCGCUUCCCAUCAGGCAAUGGCGUCCGGGUUGAUACAGCUCUACUCAACGGUGCUCCUGCCAUUAUAGGAUCGGAUUUUGACAGCGUUCUCGCUAAGCUGAUUGUUACUGCAGCAAGCUGGGAGGAUGUUGUCAGUAAAGCCAGGCGGGCACUGGAGGACACUUCUAUCGAUGGCGUCAGUACUAACGUAUCGCUUCUGCGAGCCAUAAUUGAUCAUCCAGACUUCCAUGCUGGAACAUGUGAUACUCGAUGGUUAGAGAGUAGGCACGAAGAAUUACUGCAGCGAAGCCGGCAGCUAGCAAAAAGAGGAGAUCCUCUGCACGGUCUAGUCGCGGCGACUGCUGGUAUAUCUAUCAGUACUGCAACGUCAGAUUCAUCGACGAUGCUUCGAAAGGAUGACGCUUGGUCAAUAGAGCUUAGCCAGCAAGGUGCCGAACGAUCAAAACAGCGGUCACAUCAUCUCCAGCUGACAAGGGUAAUCCGAAAUGAUUUUCCGAACACAUUUGCGGCGGACAUCCUGUUCACGAAGCCUGGUGAGCAGCCUACAGCUUACCGGAUGGACAUGAAGAGCACAUCUACAUCUGCUUCGGCCGCCAGCUCUCAACAUAGGCAGGGCUCGAAAGCUGACUCGAGUCACGUUAUACUGCCAGUCUCUGGCAAGCUCGUGGAGAUACUGGUAGAUAUUGGUGACGUUGUCAAGAAAGACGAUCCUAUCUGCGUAGUGAAGCAGAUGAAGAUGGAAUUAGAGAUUAGAUCGCACAAGGCUGGUCAGAUUACGUGGGUCACAGAGGCUGAAGACGAGGAAGACGUUGCGGAGGGCAUGCUGGCAGCUAUUGUAGAGGACGAAAGAGCGCAGGCAAAGUUAUGA